AUGGACAAGCAACAUCUCAGGGAUGUUGUGAGGGAUUACUGCAUCCAGUGUGGAUUUGUAGUAGUUGUUGAGUGGGCUAGCAAUAAGAGGUAUUGUUGUAGAUGCUCUGAUGUGAACUGUGGCUGGAGAUUACAUGCAUCUGUUCUUCCAGAUCAGUGCACUUGGGUAAUUAAAAGUAUACAAAGCCAAGAGCAUACAUGUGCAGGACUGGAGACAAGAAAUAGUACGGUUAAUGUGAAGUGGGCUAAGAGAGUCUUACUUGAAGAUAUAAGGGCAAACAAUGAUGUUCCUGCUAAGGCAUUGAAUGAGUUACUUUGGAAAAGGUAUGGUGUCAAUAUGGCACAAAGCACACUGUACAGGGUCAGGACUAAGGCAUUAGUUGAGAUUCAUGGUGGCCAUGAUGUCUCUUUCAAGGAUUUACCUAUGUACUGUGAUGUAAUCAAGCAGCUAAAUCCUAAUUCAUUAGCACACUGUGCAUGGAAGAAUGUAAGACCUGACAGGCCCAUGGUGUUCAGUAGCAUAUUCAUUGCAUUUAAGGCUUCCAUAUAUGGGUUGAGUGCUGGAUGCAGAAGCUUAAUUGGAAUGGAUGGAUCUCAUCUCAAGGGCAACUAUGGUGGGGACUUAUUGUCUGCAGUAGCUCUUGAUGGAAAUAAUGAGAUAUUUCCUAUAACAUGGGCAAUAGUAGGAGCUGAAGAUGCUGACAGCUGGAAGUUCUUUCUGUAUCACUUGAAGAAUGCUUUACAACCAAGUGGCAGGGGUGAUAAUUGGUGCAUAAUAAGUGACAGACAAAAGGGUAUUGAUCCUGCCAUUAGUGAAUUAUGGCCAAAAGUAGGCAGAAGAUACUGUUGCAAGCACUUGGUGAAGAACUACAAAGUGGAAUUUCCUAUUUUAUUGAUGUUCCAAUUAUUCUGGAAGGCUGCUGGAGCAUUCAAUCCCUUCACUUUUAAAAAAGCAAUGGAAGCAUUGAAAAAAGCCAAUCCCCUAGCUCUUGUUUGGCUGUCAAAACUUGGACCAUAA